AUGGAUGAGGAGUACAAGAGGUUCCUUCAGUUGAAGAGAAGAGAAAAAGUUUUACCCGACAAUAAAAUUACAAGCAUUGAUAUUAAUACGUUUAAAAAGUAUAAGCACAAAAACAACCCCAUUUUUUCCACCGAAUUUAAGGUGUUCAUAACUGGUUUCUUAAUUUGCGGGUGGUGCGUUUUUGCAGUUUACCUGACGGUGAGGAUUAUGUCUCCUGACGAUUUCGAAUGGGUGGAAAAUGAGAGGAAGAGACUGGAGGAUGCCAAAAGGAAAGUUAUGAUAAUAAAGGAAAGGGGAAAGGAGGUGGACCCCGUGUGA